CCGCUACACUUCCACUCGUGUUGGCGUCGCGCUGCGCAGAGCCACAGAGCAGCAGCCCGGAGUGAACAUGGUCGGCGGCUUGUGCGCUCGCAGGUUGGCCCGGCGCUCGCGGUCCACCCUUAUAGCAGCCCUCACCGUGUUGCUGGUGCAGACGCUCAUCGUUUGGAACUUCAGCAGCCUCGACUCUGGCGAAGAGCGAGAGGACCGUGGAUCCAGUGUGCGCGAGAAGAGGGACCGGCUCUCGGGCAACAAAGCCGCUGGCAGCGACUAUUUCCAGCACGGGCACCACCAGCGGCAGCAUCUCUCCCCGCCUGGAAGAGGGGCGUCUCGACACAUACAGCAGCCGGAUGGGUAUUACUCGCAUCGGCCGAAGGAGAAAGUGGACAGCAACAAUGAGAACUCAGUGCCCAAAGACUUUGAAAAUAUAGACAAUAGUAAUUUCGGGGCGAGAUCGCAGCCCCAUAGACAAACAGUGGGCUCUCCUGGGAGUAAACAGCAGAGGGCGCAUUUCCAAGAGAGGGCCCACGCUCAGCAGCAAGCCUGGCGGGACAGUGCGCCCAGCAUGAGCCGGGCAUCCAAUGAGGUCCUCCCCAUGGGGCACUCCCAACACCUCUCAAUGGGAAUAAACAACUUCUCUCAACACGUCAGCCAACAGUACCGCAGUGUCCCAUCACCGCAGACCCAGCACAGGCACGUACACCCGCACAGGAGGCAGGAGGCGGCAGCAGCGCCCCUGGAGGUCGCCUACGAGCAGCCGCCCAAAUGCGAGAUCAAUGGUAAAGAGGCCAUCUCGGCGCUGUCCCGAGCCAAGAGCAAAGAGUGUAGGCAGCAGAUAGCGGAGGUGUACUGCAGGCACAAAGAGGGACAGCUGAUGCCCGACAAGGUCACACGCUACUGUCCCAUUGAAGGUAAAGCCAAUGUUAAUAUCCAGUGGGAUGAGGACUCAGCUGAGACUGUUCUAUCUAAACCAGUACGAAUCGCCUUUGUGCUGGUGGUCCAUGGACGAGCCUCUCGACAACUGCAGCGCCUUUUCAAAGCCAUUUACCACACAUCACACUAUUACUACAUACACGUUGACCAGCGCUCCAACUACUUACACAGACAAGUGCUGUCCCUGGCGUCUCAGUAUCCCAACGUGAGGGUGACUCCAUGGCGCAUGUCCACCAUUUGGGGCGGAGCCAGUCUUCUCACCAUGUACCUGCGCAGUAUGGCCGAUCUGCUGGCCAUGAGAGACUGGAGCUGGGACUUCUUCAUCAACCUCAGUGCGGCCGACUACCCCAUCAGGACCAAUAACCAGCUGGUGGCCUUCCUGUCCAAAUACAGAGAGAUGAACUUCAUCAAGUCCCAUGGCAGAGAUAACGCCAGGUUUAUCCGUAAACAGGGGUUGGACCGCCUGUUCUAUGAGUGUGACACCCACAUGUGGAGACUGGGUGACAGGAAGAUCCCAGAGGGCAUCUCUGUGGACGGAGGCUCAGACUGGUUCCUGCUCAAUCGUAUGUUUGUGGAAUAUGUCAUCAAGUCUCAGGACGACCUGGUCACCAACAUGAAGCGCUUUUACGCCUACACCCUGCUGCCUGCUGAGUCAUUUUUCCACACUGUGCUGGAGAAUAGCGUCUACUGCGAGAGCAUGGUGGACAACAAUCUGCGCAUCACAAACUGGAACCGCAAACUGGGCUGUAAAUGCCAGUACAAGCACAUUGUGGACUGGUGCGGCUGCUCCCCCAACGACUUCAAACCUGCCGACUUCCACCGCUUCCAGCAAACUGUCCGCCCCACCUUCUUCGCUCGUAAGUUUGAGGCCAGCGUGAACCAGGAGAUCGUGAACCAGUUGGAUUCGUACCUGUUUGGCCCUCUGCCUCAUGGGACACCAGCCCUCAACUCGUACUGGGAAAACAUCUACGACGAGCCCGAUGGAGUGGCCACUUUAUCUGACACUCAGCUCACCUACUACCACUCCUUCUCCAGACUGGGACUGUCCCGGGCUGCCUCCUCUCUGCAAGGGAACCCCAAUGACCACAGCUGCAGGUACUUCCCCAUGGGACAUCCCAUAUCGGUGCAUCUCUACUUCCAGGAGGACCAGUUUCAGGGCUACCUGGUCAGACACCACGCCACCAACCUGGCAACCAGCAAACUGGAAACCAUGGAGACCUGGGUGGCUCUUAAGAAAAACUUUAAGAUGACCCUCCCUCCUAGCAGCACAUUCAGCAGGUUGCAGUUUGCCGAGGUCGGUACCGAGUGGGACGCCAAAGAGCGUAUGUUCAGGAAUUUCGGGGGUUUGAUGGGCCCUAUGGAUGAGACGGUCGGGAUGCAGAAGUGGAACAAAGGCCCAAAUGUUACAGUGACGGUGGUGUGGAUAGAUCCAACUAACGUUAUCGCCGCCACCUACGACAUCCUGAUCGAUGCCAGUGCAGAGUACACACAUUACCGGCCUCCGCUAAAACAGCCGCUGCGUCCCGGAGUGUGGAACGUCAGGAUCCUGCACCAUUGGAGCCCUGUGGCUGAGCUGCGCUUCCUCAUUGCACCACUGGCCUACAGCAAGCACCAGCCCAUAAGACAAGAGGAUGCUCUGAAGCUGCACAACGGCCCGGCGAAGAACAGUUACAUGGACCAGAGCUUCCAUGGCCUGAACCCGGUGCUCAACAUUCCAGUGAGCCUGGAGCUGGUGGAGCGCUCCAAGAGGAAUGCGGCUCUGACAGGGGCGGAGCUAGAGGGCUGGGUGGACAGUGUGGUAGGAGACAUGUGGGAGGCAGUGGAUGUGUGCGCGGUGGGCCUUAGUGCGUGCCCCGUCAUGCAGGCCUGUCCCAAGAACCGCUGGAGCUCCCUGAGCGCAGACCCCAAAUCCCACCUGGGACCUCCACGCCCUGACGGGCGCAUAAGGUAGCAGCAGCGCCUCAACUGGAACAGGAGGCUGAGUAUUGUUACAGUUUAUUUAUUUCAAAGGGUUCAUAAAUGGGCCUUUGCACUUCCUGUCUCCAGAGGAAGUGGAUUAUAUUCUGGAUGUUGGUAAAGCGGAGAAUGCAGAGACGGCUCCUGGGACAGUCGUGUGGGGAUUAUGCUGGCAUUGCUUUUUCAGUGUGUUUAUUUGUUUCCUCAUGGCUGAGUUUUACUGUGAUCAAACUUUGAAAUGUCCAGCCUUUAAUAUUCCUCUGGAUGGAGCCAGACCAGGGCCAUGUGCUCCCCACUGCUGAGUUGUGGAAUCCUGCUGCGAAAGGCCUUAUAGUUUAUGACAUAGUUUAUGGGGAGGGGUACUGAGUACUAUGUGCCUCCUAGUGUUCUGUCAGCACAAACUAAAUAAGAUAUUUAAAUGUUGUAAUGUGCCGUACUGCAGAGGCGUUCAAAUCAUUUUAAACAGAUAUUUAGCAUCACAACACUUAAAAGUGUAAAUGUGCAGCAGCUCAGUGCGUUUCAUGUGAGUGCCUGAUCAGAGCUGCUGUGCUUAAUGGAAGUGACAAAUGCAAAUACAGAGGCCUUCCAAGAAUAAUUCAUUCUGUUUGGACUGUAAUGGAAAUCUAAUGUAGGUAGUUUUUUGUGUUUCAACUCAUAAUCGCUACAUUUGUCAUGUUUGGAGACUUAGCAUUCAGAGGAUAGGUGUCUUUAAUAAAUCCCACAUAUUGUGACAGGCAGGGGGCGACGGAACAAACUGUUUGUUACAAAACUGCCUCAAACUUGAAACUUUCGAGCUGACCUUAAACUCUCAUUUUGUUCUGUCAUUUUUAUCUUUCUUCCAGUUUCAAUGGCGCUUGAUGUUGUAUAUAAUUCUAGAAGUCUCAAACGUGUGUGAAUGACGAGAGUCCAUGAGUAUUUAUUUAUAAAUUUAUAUGGAGACUGAUAAGUUUAGUCAGUGACUAAAUAAGUGCGUCGCUGCCUUGGCAGCAUGAUAAAUAUUUUUUGUAAAGAAAGUCGCCUUUAUUUACAAAGGCCCACAGCUCAAACUGUACUUUCUAUGGCCGCACCUGUGUGUCAGUCUGUGUUCUGUCUAACUUUGACCUAUGAGGUCAAAGGUCAGCUACCUAACAACGUCACCAAACCGAGAAGAUGAAGGAAGGAAACAUUACUUACACUGGACACUAUUUCAUUGUCUGUCUGAGUGAUAGUGACGGUAGUGUUUCAUUGUGACAAUAAUGUGCAGCUCACACUAAAUAGUACUGUGCCCAAACUUAAAUGAAGUACAUAAACUGAGUUAACAGUUCAACCAUCAAGACAAUCUGGACCUUUGGGACAUGUGAAAUCUGAGGAUGGGCUGUGUAACAAACACAUAAUGAGGUCUGUGUUAGUUUUAGUUUAAAUCAUCCAUUAGCUGUGCAGUGCGUGACACCUGGGUUUGUUCAGCAUUGAGUGCUGUAGUGAAGCCUAAUUAAAGACAUUACUGUUCAUUAAUGUCAAGUUGACCUUGUGUGUGUCAAAUGUGUUGGUUACUGCUGCCUCUCCUCCUCCCUGAACUCCACUGCUUCUGUGGGUAGAGACAAUGAGAAACAUGCAGUGUCACUUUACUCAUACAAAAUAAAUACAACUAAUAGUGAAUAGAUCAUUUCAAAAACAGUUUUUUGAUUAAUGUGAAAGUCCUAUUUUGUAACAAAAUGAUUAACAAUGAUGAAAAUGUACAUAAGAAUUUUGUAAUGAGUCAUUGUUUCAAGAGUAUUGUACAUGUAAAUACAGAUGUGGUUUAAAAAGAUGGUGACUUAUUCAAAGGUUUUUGAGGUGUGUAAUUGGACACAAAAGUAAAUAAAAUGGGUGGUGUAUAUUGAUAAAGUACCUAAUCUAUCAGUGUUUGGCCAGCGCCUGUUUGCCGCCUCAGAGUAAAUCUAAUGCCAGAUUGUUGUUAUUCUUACUGGAAUGUAUUGUUGAGCAACUGUUGCACAAACGUCUCACUUUUUCACUCAAUUAUUUGACAUGUUGUUCUCGGGGAGGCUCUGUGUGCCUUAGCUGACUUUAGAACCUUCUCUGUCUUUACAAUGACACAUGUUUCUUUUAAUUUGACCUUGUGUAAUGACUACCAUGAAUCUGCUUUUGAUUUGCCAGUACUGCAACACCAAAUAGAUGUCUGCUGUUGUGUACUUUCAUCAGGCCUUCUGUCUUUACCACCUUUUGUUUUAUGCCUUUUUUGAAAAUGACAUUUGUUGUACUUGACUGGCUUAUUUUAUGUUUCUCUGACUGCUUUUUGAAAAUAAAAGCUGAAAAGUGAU